AUGACGAACUGGUUGAUUGACAUCCUCAACCGGAGUGAUGCGGCUGUAGGGACUAUCGCUGUGUUGAGCAAGAGGGUGAGCGCUCACCAACCGCCCACCGAUGUUGCGGGGGUCUUUGGUGAAGAGCCAGAUGCUGCAGUGCUUCAGCAGAUCAAAAGCUGCCUUGCGGCAUGCGGCGACAGUACUUCGCGUUUUGACAAGCGGAAGGGCAACCUGUACGUCUUUCGGGUCCAAGGGGAACGUACGUGCCCUUAUGGCCAUCAACAUCAGGGGUCAAACAACUUUUGCGUCCAAGUGAAGGGCAGCAGACUCGAGUACGUGUGCAACUCUCCAGAGUGCACCAUCAUCAGGCCACGGAAGCAGAUUGGCGUCUUGAGUUGUGCCCAGGGUGAAGCUUCUGUCAAGCCGGUUGAUGCUGAUCGAGAUGAAGCUAUCUACGGGUGUGUUACGAAGGAGCUCGUGGACUUCUGGGCGUUUCAAGGAGACAAGGGCGGCAGCCGGAUCUUCUCAUACAUGUGCUCAUUCUGUAAAAGGAUUGUGAACACUCCCGCAGGCUUCUUCAUCUGGACUGGAAAGGUGUACGAGAAAGCUUUAGACGUCCAGGUGCUAUACAUCCUCAUGCAUCAGUUGAGCACGGUGAUAGACCGAGUCAGGAACGAUCUGCAAAAAGAGUUGAAGCGCGCAACUGACAAGGGGAAGGUAGCCGAAAUUGAGCGGAGGCUUAGGCAACUUCGUGACUACAACAACAGGCGCGCUGCAGAGGACACAUUAAGGGUUACGAAAGGAGAGAUGUUUUCGAGCACCUUUCUCAACGAGCUCGACAGCGAUCCUAACAUCCUCAACGUCAACAAUGGAGUAAUCGACUUGCGCACUGGCAAGCUGGACAUCCAUCGCCCCCAAUACAUGUGCAGCAAGCUUGCAAACACAUAUUACCGGGGCCUCGAUCUUCCCUCCCCUCGGAUUGACGACUUCUUCAACGAUGUCUUCAACGGAGACGAGGAAGUCAUUUGGACUCUCCAGCUUGUUCUUGGGUACGGCGUCACUGGGUCCGUUGCUUGCGAGAAGAUCGUGUUCUUGGUUGGAUUGGGCGGCAAUGGAAAGGGCGUCACAAAAGAGAUGCUGGAGAAGACUUUUGGCCCAUACUGCGGUGUUAUGUCCAAGGACGUGGUGGUGAAAACGGCCGGGCAGAGACCAGUUUCAAAGGGCGCUCCAACUCCUCACAUGCACGCACCGAAAGGGCUUCGCCUGAGCAUCACUGAUGAGACUGCUGAAGAGGAAGAGCUCGAUGCGGCUUCAGUGAAAGCGACAACUGGGGGAGGGCUGAUCUCUGCGCGUGCACCUUACGGCCAAACGGAGACCUUUCCCCUAAUGAACCUACCUGUCCUUAUGACAAACCACCCCCCUAAAUUUCAAGACGUAACCGACCCAGCUAUAAACCGUCGGCUGCUUGUGUUUGACUUUCCCAACCUCUACGUAAGUCGGGAAAAGUUUGACUCGAACAACUCUCGGCACCGCCCUUUGGAUGGAGGGUUGAAGGCAAGGAUGCAAGAGGAGGAGACGCUUGAGCAGCUUCUCUCCUGGUUGGUCAGAGGGGCCGUAAAGUUCUCCGGUCAGGGGAUGUCGCUUGGGGUUGUUCCUCCCUCUGUCGCGGUGAACUUGGACCAGUAUCUCGCAAAGAACGACAAGCUGCAGCAGUUCAUUGACGAACACUGCAAGAGGGGUCCAGCGCUCAGAGGCAACGCUGCGGGGUUUCUCAACGAUUAUAAAGCAGCCUCAGGAGAGCUCACAAUUAGCGUUGAAAGCUUAGCUGAUAGGAUGGCAAAGAAGGGUUUCAUAAAGAAGAAACGGGAAUCUAUAGACGACUUUGGUAAGAGGCCACAGGUGUUCGUCGCCAUUGAAAGUCAUUAUGAAGCAGAGUAGGUGACCCGAUAAGUUUGGUCUGCAGGAUCUUGUACACAGCUUGUCCGAACCUUAGAACGUUGUCACUUAUGUUUGAGGAUUUGGCUUAGAUAAGGCUUCGAAAGCUUAUCUUGUCUUAUGCAUUCGAGGUGGCGGCCUUCAUGCAUACAAUCCUAUUGUAAAAGUCGAACUCAACGCCUGCGUUCUUUAGCUUUGAGAUAGUGCUCGCAUGAGGUUUUUGAGUUCUCCCGGUUCGCAGGCGCUUUGCAGCGUCUUGAAGCAGGAGCACUUGCUUUCGUUUUCG